GUGACCAAUUUUGGCUCGAACCAAAUGGAGAAACCUUGUACAAAUAGAAUGAACGUGAGGGCCUAUGGAAAUGAUGCUGAAAAUGACCGCUACUGUAUUCUUAACCUAUAAUUCUGAUCAGCGAGCUAUUGCUUCUGUGCUCCUCUCCUUUAUAUGCUUCACAAGACUAUACUGUACCUGUCAAGUAUUAUUUAGUCAGUGUCCUGGGGACCCAACUUCAUUAGAUUUAGCUCUCCCCAAUUGUAACUAGCCUCCCCCGGCACUGUACAGAUGCCACUGCUCUACACUCGUCCUUUAACUCCUCGCGCCCUCCCAUCCUCAUCCUUAUUCAAUCCCUAUUUCAGAUGGAUCGCGAAUCACUUCAGAACAGUCCCAUCUCCUUUGUGUUCAUUCAUACUUAAACUUCUAGAUAGCACUUACUGUCCUUCUCCCUGCAAAUCCUAAUAAACACCAGUAUUAGACUGACUGAUCCUAUUUUAUAUAGGGAGACUCAAGGCUGGUUCA